GCCUGGGUAGGGUUCAGAGAAAGUUCACUUGCAUAUAUUAGGCAAUUCAAUCUUUUACUGUGCUUGUGUGACAUAAGGAGUAGGAAGUAAGCUGGUCAAAAGCAGGACGAGCCAUUUUGGAAAACAAGAGGGGUGAGCGGAGCUAUUUUUGCGGCUGCAGAUUUGUAUCGUUCAAAUUGUGCCAGGGAUCGGGAGAUUUCCGCGGGUCCCACAGAGCCAAGAGCGAAAGAGACUCUCAGCGAAAGGGCAGCUGCCAAGGCUGAAUAUUAGGCAGCUUGACUUCCCCACUCCUCCCCUUCACCCUCUCUCUUUUUGAAUUGAGCGCCGUAUCUGACUUUGGGGGAAAAAUGGUAAACGAUCAUUUGGAUCAAUUACAGGCUUUUAGUUGUGUUGUCUGUCAUAAUUCAUGAUUCUGCUCUGGGAAAAAGACCAACAGCUCUUACGUGCCAAGAAAAAGAGGGCAGGAAAAAAAAAUAUAAGGGCAGAGUUUUGAUGGGAGUUCGAACAACUUUUUCUUUGCAAAUUUGCCCACACCUAGAGAGAGAGGAGAAACACUUUUCUUCGCAGGUUGUGGACAGCCUGUCGUCAUGUUUGACUGUAUGGAUGUUCUCGCAGUCAGCCCUGGGCAAAUGCUGGAUUUCUACACUCCGAGCCCGUCCUCUUGCAUGUUGCAAGAGAAAGCUCUGACUGCAUGCUUCAAUGGACUGACACACAGGGACUGGCAACAGAGGCACAGCACUCAAUCAAUUGAAACACAGAGUACCAGUUCUGAAGAGAUUGUACCGAGUCCACCAUCCCCAAUUCCACCCCCACGGGUAUACAAACCUUGCUUUGUCUGUCAGGACAAGUCAUCAGGCUAUCACUAUGGAGUCAGUGCCUGUGAAGGAUGCAAGGGUUUCUUCCGCAGAAGCAUCCAGAAAAAUAUGGUUUAUACUUGUCACAGAGAAAAAAACUGUGUCAUCAACAAGGUUACUAGAAAUCGUUGCCAGUACUGCCGAUUGCAGAAGUGCUUUGAAGUGGGCAUGUCUAAAGAGUCGAGCAGACAGCAGGGAGCUGACGAUGUGACGUCACAAUGCCGCAAAGGAGGUUCUGAAAGGAGUUUUGGCAGAGGCCUGCUGAUUCCAACCGUAAGAAAUGACAGAAACAAAAAGAAAAAGGAGACCCCAAAGCAAGAAUGUUCAGAAAGCUACACAAUGACAGCAGAAUUAGAGGACUUAAUUGAAAAGAUUCGCAAAGCUCACCAGGAAACCUUCCCUUCUCUUUGCCAGCUGGGGAAAUAUACUACAGUUGACUUUCCAAAUACAGACUUGGAGCUUUGCCCAUUUGGAGUACGUGUUGGAAAAUGGGCUGAAAAUUGUGGGAAUCAAGCUAGCAAUUUCCUGAUAGACAGUGAAAGUGAGAAUUCCAGUGCUGACCACCGGGUACGGCUUGACCUGGGUUUGUGGGACAAAUUCAGCGAACUCGCCACAAAGUGCAUUAUCAAAAUAGUGGAAUUUGCUAAACGACUGCCUGGCUUCACGAGCUUGACCAUUGCAGAUCAGAUCACUCUGCUCAAAGCUGCCUGCCUGGACAUCUUGAUUCUCCGAAUCUGCACCCGAUACACCCCUGAGCAAGACACAAUGACCUUCUCUGAUGGCCUUACCUUGAACAGGAUUCAGAUGCACAAUGCGGGUUUUGGCCCUCUCACUGACCUCGUCUUUACCUUUGCCAACCAACUCCUGCCACUUGAAAUGGAUGACACCGAGACUGGUCUUCUUAGUGCCAUCUGUCUGAUCUGUGGGGACCGCCAAGAUCUAGAAGAUGCAGAAAAAGUGGACAAAUUGCAGGAACCACUUCUGGAAGCUUUAAAGAUUUAUAUACGGAAAAGAAGACCCAAUAAACCCCAUAUGUUCCCAAAGAUAUUAAUGAAAAUCACAGAUUUGCGUAGCAUCAGUGCAAAAGGUGCAGAACGUGUCAUUACACUUAAGUUGGAGAUUCCUGGAUCAAUGCCACCCCUUAUCCAAGAGAUGCUGGAAAACUCAGAAGGGCAUGAUCCCCUUGCACCCACAACGAACACAAGCACAGAAAGUAAUGGGAGCAGCAGUCAAGCACUAGAAGCAACUUCCAGCCCCAGUCUGUCUCCCAGCUCUGCAGCCAAUGGACCAAACAGCCAGGUACCAAACACAGAGUAAAUGGCGCUGCAGUGACCACAACCAUUCCCAAAUGUGAUAGUUUCUUCUCUCUUUUGUUCUGAAAUACCAAGGCCUGAAGGAUCAGGUUGAUAAUUGUAUAUUCAACAUUAAAACCGCUGUAGCUCUUGACGCUAAUCGACUUUUGAGUAUGAAAAUACUGAAUCAUAAACUGUUUUGGUCAGAUUCUCUCCUCCUGGAUUGUACGCAGGCAGUUCAAAGACUGAUGUCUGGUAAAGCCCAUCUAUGUGUCCACUAUUGCAUGCUGGGAAGAAGCUGUGGAAAGUGAUGUAGAACUCUGAUUAUUACUUUAUUUUGCAGAGUUACUCAAUGUAUUCUAAAUUUCUAUGCUGGAGUUUCUGGUGCUUUCUCAUUGUCUUGCAUAUCAUGUCUAAAUACAUACACCAUGUUAUGGAACAAAGCCUAAGUACUUAGAUCAGGUGAGUUAUGGUCACAGAAUUCUCUGGUUUAGACAAUAUGGGACAUUUGUUAUUAUUCUCAAUGUUACUGUUGUAUUUUCUUGCAUUUCUUAGUCAAAAAAGCCUGAAGGUUGGGAUUUUAUCCUCAGUGCACCAGCAUUCAAUUUUGUCAAAUAAGGACAUAUCUCCACCUCUUUUUGCAAUGAAAAACAAAGUUUGAUAUUUAAUUUUUUUUAAAUACUAGCACUUUGUGCUGGUAGUAAUUGUUUCUCACUGGCAGUUAGCCUACACUACCAUGUUGUUUGUAUGAAUGUUUACAAUUCACAAGCACUUAAGUAACAGAUUUUUUUAAAAUAAAAGCAACUCUCUGCAUACAGUUAGUCUGAACGUAAUAUUUUUUUGUGGUAGGGUUCACCUAUUGCCUAUUGGUUUUGUGCUAGCAUACAAAGCUAGUAAAAAUGUUUGUUUAAUUAUUUCAGCUGUGCAGAUUCAUUUCAUGUUCAACAACAUAUCAAGAGAUAAAGUAAAGUGCUGCAUGUUGUUUGCAGUAAAGAUAGCCUCCAAGGCACAACACUUCUCAGUGUUAUUUUGUUAUUUUAUUUGCUUGUACAUGAGCCAGUAAGUAAAUUUCAUCUGGUGGCUGACACACAUUAUAUCUCUCUGCAGAAGCGUGUUCUAUCGUAGAUUUGUUCUUGAGUACAGUAAUUUGAGUUUAUUGAAUCAUUCUUGUAGUGUCUGAAACACUAGUGGGAUGUUGUUUUCUAGCAUUAGGACUGCUCUGUACUUCUACUGGCUCAGUUUGUACAUUGAGAUUGUUUAACAAUGCUUUCUAUGUUCAUAUACUGUUACCUUUUCCAUCAAGUUUCCUGGCAAAAGAAUAAAGUAUAUUUAUUUUAAAA